GCGUAGAAGUUUUGAAACUCAAAAAAUCAAAAACAGAAAGAAGCAGAGAGACGAUGGCGAGCAAAGACGAAUUUUCCCGAGAUCUCACUGCGAUUCGCUGCGCCAGAGCUACGAUGCUUCUCUAUUCACUUGCAUCAUCUCGCACAAUCGAUUCCGCCGGCGAGAAGCAGGAGAAAGGAGAAACGCGAAGAGAGAUAGAGGAUCUGAGGAGAAAGCUUACCAUGGUGAAGAUAAAGAUGAAUCGGAUUAAGCUUUGCGGAUUGAUGGAACUGCUUCUUCUCGUCUUUUUGGUACUGUUGCUUUCCACUUUCUUCCUUGUCUUCUUCCUUGGAUCUACUUGAUCCUUCCCUUGGAAUCAUCAGCUUAUGCAACAUUAUGGUUAUUAGAGUAAGGAAACUAUUUUAGAAGUCGAGAUUUGUGCAGUAGAAGAAUCGGAUAACUGUAGAAGUCAGUCAUUAGUUUUAAAACUUAACGUUUGCAUCUUCUAAUGAAUGAAUCUUGUUAUAAACACUUAACUAUUUGAACUCUGGAGAUUUAGUAGUUCUUCUUGCAAUCAUCUUCUUAUAUGCUUUUAACUGAAUACAUUAUGCUCUUUCCUGAAUGUGAAACUUGUUUUAGUACAUCAUCUUGCUUGGCUUUGACCUCUAGAUAUAUAAUUCUUGCUCCAGUCAUCUUCUUGAAUGCUUUCAAUUGAAAACAUGAGUGCUCGUUCCUGAAUGUUGUUAGCAGAGACUUACUGGUUGAGCUCUGAAGAUCUUGUUCUUCUUGCAAUCAUCAUCUCGAAUGCUUUCAACUGAACAUCAUGCUCGUUUCUGAGUGUUAUUUUUUCAAAGUCAGAGCAGCCUGAAUCUGAGCUUUUCUCAGUUCCUCAUCAUGCUUGGCUUUGACCUCUGGAGAUCUAAUUCUUAUUGCAACAAUCUUCUUGUAACAUCAUGCUCAUUCCUGACUGUUGUUAUCAGAGGCCUCAUAUUCCUAGGCUUCAUAUUCUGAGCUUGGCUUCAGUUUCUCAUUG